AUGUCUAUGCGCAUAGUGUAAACUACAAAGAAGAUUCUAGACAUGUCUCAUCCUACUCAAAUUUAAUUGAAUAAUCAAAAACCUUAAAUGUCAUUAAUGCCUAAAGAUAAAAUUAUUAUUGGAUUAAAUUCAAAACAAGAUAAAAAAAUGAAUAAAAUUGUAAUCAAAUUAGAAGAUCAUAUAAAUUAAUCUAUUUAAAAUAAUUCAUAAUUAUAAUAAUAAUAAGAUAUUGUUUAAAAUACAUAAUAAGAACAAUUACAUAAUAAAGAUACUAAAAUAUCAAUUACUCAUACUCAUUUUGAACUUAAGGUACCAAAGAUUAUUGUAUAAAAAUCACUUGAGAUACCUAAAAUCAUUUUGCCUACUUCUUAAAUAAGAGUAGAUGAUAAUUAAAUAUCUUAAAAGAAAAAUUAAACAAAUUUAUUAAAAUAAUCAUUAAAUUAGAUUAAAAAAUGCAAUGAACCAAUUCAGUUAUUAUUAUAAGAUGAUGAUAAACGAAAAAAAUAUUAUUCAAGAGCAUAAAGAGAAAAAGAAGAUAUUAUUCAUUGGGGUUAAAGAAAAUUAUUAAUUAGUGAAAUAUGGUUUUUAACAAAGUAUGGUUGUUUAUCUAGGAAUAUUAUUUAUGCAGGUGCUGCUCCAGGAUCUCACAUAUAGUUAUUAUCUGAACUAUUUUAAAAUCAUAAAUUUUAUUUAUUUGAUCCAAAUGACUUUUAAGUUAAAUAGGGACCAAAGAUUACUAUUUAUUAACGUUGUUUCACAAAUGAAGAAGCCUAAAAAUUUAAAGACUUAUUUUAGGUAUGAA